UCCCUUCCAUUCCCCAUCCAACCCAUAAACCAAUCCCAAUUUGCCAACCCCAGAAGAAAAGGAAAAAAAUCUCAAUCUCCGUCGCAAACGAAGAACAAGGAAGGACGAAAAUGGUGAAGAAAUUGUUGUUAUCUCCGUCGCCGGCUCCGGAAAGUCGACUUUCACACAGACUAGCAACCUCUUGAGCUAGUACUUGAAGGCCGGGAAAGCCAAUCUGGGAGAUAUUAGCCUCGCCGCCAAGUUCGAUCACCAGCAGCCUCCGGUUAAUUACAAAUCUUCAACAGCAGCUGAGCCGACCACGACGCUGGACCUUCUGCCCGGCAUCAGCCGCUCCUCUGCCAAUCGGGAGGGAGAGCGCAGCGAAUUAUACGACGGGAAGCCUCUGCCUCGGUUCGCCGGGUACGGAUCUACGACGAUUGGUGCAGGCGGAGGAGAAGCUGAGGGUGAGCUGGAUCGUAAUCGAUCUGGUUAAGGCGGUCGGUCGGCUGGAGGAGAAGCUAAGGGUGCAACUGAAAUUCUUGACGGUGGUGGGGAAAGAGGAAGGAAGCGGGGGAGGCGGCGAAGUGCGGGGUGGCGGUCACGUGCGGCGGAG